AUGACUUCAGAACACCUCCCAAGCCAGCCACUGCAGUCUCCAACCGCUAUCCCACCACGGACAAGCUCGACCGGGGUCGUGAGCGGCGGCAGCGCGAUAAAACAGCCGAACCUGGGAUCCCUUUCCGAGUCAGAAUGGAUGUCGUCUUUGAAAAAAAAACAGCUGAGCACUACGAGCAAGCACGGCCGGAAUCGAUCGAGUUUUGACUGGACCAUGGCCAAGGACAGCCUGUGGUCGCAGGAGAAGGAUCAUAUUCUUAUGGGCCCGUACGAUUAUCUCACUCAGCAACCGGGCAAGGAUAUCCGGAAACAAAUGAUCACCGCAUUUAACGCUUUGCUCAACGUGCCUGAAGCGAGUUUGGCUAUCAUUACCAAAGUAGUGACUAUGUUGCAUACUGCUUCACUACUAGUCGACGACGUCGAAGACUCAUCGGUCCUGCGAAGAGGCGUGCCUGUAGCCCACAGCAUAUUCGGCACAGCCCAGACGAUCAACUCGGCCAACUAUGUCUAUUUUCUAGCACUGCAAGAACUGCAAAAAUUGAAUAACCCCGCCGCCAUCGAUAUCUACACCGAAGAGCUUCUGAAUUUGCACCGUGGCCAAGGGCUGGACCUAUUCUGGCGCGAUACCUUGACCUGCCCAACAGAAGAUGAGUACUUAGAGAUGGUGGACAAUAAGACCGGGGGUCUGUUCCGAUUAGCAGUCAAGCUAAUGCAGGCCGAGAGCGAUACUCACAGGAAUUAUGUACCAUUGGUCAACGUCUUGGGGCUGAUAUUCCAGGUCUGCGACGAUUACCUCAACUUGUCGGACACCACGUAUAGCAAGAACAAGGGACUCUGCGAGGACCUAACAGAGGGCAAAUUUUCAUUCCCUAUAAUCCACAGCAUCCGCGCCAACCCGUCCAAUGUGCAGUUGGUCAAUAUACUGAAACAAAGAACAAAGGACGACGAGGUCAAACUAUACGCCGUCAAAUACAUGGAAAGCACCGGCAGCUUUUCUUAUACCCGCAAGGUCGUCGCCCUGCUUCGGGACAAGGCUUACAGUAUAAUUGAUGAAAUCGAUGGCGACGCUGAAGAAAACAAAAACGGGCAAUUAGUCCGGGCUAUUGUGGAAAAAAUUGUUGAACUUACGUUGAAGGACCCGCAGUAG